GUUGCAGCAUCUGUCACAAUCAGACAAUCUAAACUUGACCACAGGAUCUGAAUCGGGAUGGCUUCCCUAGACGUUAAGGUGCUGACAGAGCCGGUGGGCAUUGUGAGGAUUCUGGAGGUCCUCUUCACAUGCGUCACUUUCAGCUUGGUGGCAUCGGUGGGCUACACCACGGACUCCUUUUGGACGUGGUGCAUGUUCUCCUGGUGCUUCUGCUUCUGCGUCACCAUCCUCAUCCUCAUCCUGGAAUUCACCRGCCUCGCCCCAAAGCUGCCCCUCUCCUGGGUCGACUUCACCUCCGCCUUUUCUAUGUUGGCUUCCUUGAUGGUGCUUGUGGCGUCCCUCCUCUACUCCAUCUUCUUCGUUUGUUCGAUCUGCGACAGACAGAUUGCUGCCAGUGUUUUCUCCUAUCUGACCUUCAKCCUUUAUUCCAUCGAGGUUGGAAUGACUCGAGCAAAAUCUGGUGAGAUCAGUGGAUUUCUCUCUACGGUUCCAGGUCUGCUCAAAGUCCUUGAGACCUUUGUAGCCUGCAUCAUCUUCACCUGUCUGCGCUACAUCAACCCCUKGGUGAAAGUGUACCCAGGGCUGCAGUGGUGUGUUGCUGUCUAUUCAAUUUGCUUUAUUUUUUCUUUCCUUGUCAUUAUUUUCACCAUCGGCCGGCUGCUAACUAUCUUCCCCGUACAUUUUCAAAAAGUCCUGACUGUCUGCAAUGUGGUGGCAGUGCUGAUGUACAUCACAGCUGUGAUCAUCUGGCCUGUGUACAGCUUCAAAGACAUAAGCAGGCCACCAUGUUCAGGCGUUUACUGUUGGUGGAACUGGUUGGUUGUUAUUUCUUUCAUGACUUGCUUUAACCUGGUUUCUUACAUUGUGGACACAGUUUACUCGUUUAAGUUGGUUUUUAUCACUGCAGAAACAUAAACAUGUCCCAAUUGAUGCUUCUGUAAUUAAUGCUUUUUUCGUUUUUUUGUGAUUAUGAAACAGCAAAUUAUAACUUAAUUUUGGCAACUAAAGCACAUUUUCUUUUCCUUUUCUUUGAUGACUUCCAUCCAGAGAUGCACCUAGUGCUCAGGGGAGCAGAACCAGCCAAUAUUACAGCUUGAAUAAUGAGUGAUUAAAAAAAGCUCUUAUAUAUUUAUAUUUUUUCCUUCAGUUCCUAAAUGCACCACAGCUGUGUGCCCAAUAUGUGCUAACAAUAGCACAUUGYUUGAUAACUACUUGAAAAAAGGACAACAGUACAGCAGCAAUAGACUACAUUUUUAGUUUGUCUUUAUUUUCUAAAAUCCCUUUGUCCAAUAAUUGUUUUGUUUUUAUUUCAAGUGAUCAUGUCAAGAAAAKGCAAAAGUCCUUUUGUUCCAAAAGUGGAAUUAUAGGCACAGUCAAAAUUUUGGUUCAGUCAGAAAUCAGAAUAAAGUUAUUUCUGAUGCUUCUGAUGAUAGAUUUAAUAGACAAUAAAACAACAUGAGUCAAAAUUUGAAGGUCAGUGCUUCCCAAGAAAUCUUUAAUCAGUGCAUCUCUGCUGUCAUCUGUUUCAUCUACUUUGCUAAUAUUGAUAAAUAGGUCGCAUCAAGGUUUUUAUAUAGAWGUUUGCUGACCCUGUCAUCUGAAAUAUAAAUAAAAUGCUGUCAAAAUGAGGUUCGUGCGCAUACUCAGCUGCAUGUUUGCUUUCACUUCUCAGAGACAAACUAUGGUGUCUAAAAAAAAGCUUAAAUUAAAUUAAUGUUAGAUGCUAAAGGUAACAUGACAUGCACGCACAAUAUGCUUGCAAAGGUGUGGCAACUUGUGCAUACACUGAUUCAUACAGCUGCUGCUUACUCAGUUUAUAAUAUCACUCCCAUGUUUACUAAUGUGUAAUGAACGCUGGAAUAAAAGGGUGUGAGGCCCCCCCCCC